UCAGUGGCCCAUUUCAAAUCUGUGAGAAGCACUUCUCCAUUUCCUCUCAGUCGCGCACAUCUCUGAGAGGCAGAGAGACAGAGAGCGGAUCGGAAGGGAUCGGAUCGGAACGAAGCGGAGCGGAGCGGAGGAUGAACACGACGAGCGAAGCCCGCGAGUACCUGUCGAAACGGCGCGUCCCGCAGCUCUUCGAGAGCAUGCUGACGGGGCUGAUGUACCACCGGCCCGAUGACCCCAUGACGUUCCUCGAGAGUUGCCUGCAGAAAGUCCGGGAACUUGGGGGUCCAGAACAUGUGUCCUGGGACACCUUCAUCGCUCCUGAUCGCCGCCCUCUGCCCCCUCUCAGUGUAGGACAAGGCAAAAAGGCGGCCUUAAGGCCAGAGUCUGGUCCCGGUCCCGGUCCUGGCCCCUACCGCAGAUUCGACCGCCUUCCCCCCAUCCAGGCGCAGUUCUCCAUAGAAAGUGACUCUGAUAUGACUGAAACUUCUGGCCUCAUCCAGGAAUAUGACGUCUUCGACCCCACGAAGCCCAGGCCCCAUAUCAUUUUUGUCAUAGGAGGACCAGGAAGUGGGAAGGGGACUCAGUCGGCCAAGAUGGCGCACUACUACGAUUACGAGUGUGUCUCGGUUGGAGAGAUCUUGCGGAACCAGCUGCUGCAGCACGCCCCCAGCGACAAGAAAUGGGAGCUGAUUGCUCAGAUAAUUGCCAACGGAGAGCUAGCACCGCAGGAGACCACCAUUGAGGAGCUCAAGCACCAGUUUAUCAAGAGACAGGAUGCUAAAGGCUUCAUUGUGGAUGGCUUCCCUCGUGAAAUAUCUCAGGCCUUCACUUUUGAGGAGCAGAUUGGCUCGCCGGACCUGGUGGUGCUUCUGGCUUGUUCCAAUCAGCAACUCCGACAGCGGCUAGAGAAGAGAGCAGCCCAGCAAGGUCGCCCUGACGACAACACCCACGCCAUCGAGAGGCGACUGGAAACCUUCAAACAGAAUAUCACUUUAAUUGCCAAGUACUACCAGGAGAGGGCACUUAUCGUCAGGAUUGAUGCAGAUCGAGAGGAGGAUGACAUAUUCGCUGACAUCAAAGCGGUCGUGUCCGAAAGACUCUUUCCCAAGGGGGAGGAAAUGGAGGGCUUUGCCGAUGCAGACGCGCUUCAGGAGGAUGAUGGGGAAAUUGAAUCGGCGGGGGCUAGCGGAGAGGUCGGAGGAUUCUUCUUCAUUGAACAGCUCAUCAUGGCGGAAAAACUGAAGGGGCGCAAGAUCAUCUUUGUUGUGGGAGGGCCUGGCUCUGGGAAGGGUACGCAGUGCGAGAGGAUCGUCGCCAAGUAUGGCUACACUCACCUGUCCACAGGUGAUCUGCUACGCGCCGAGGUCGACUCGGGGUCUGAGAGAGGCAAGCAGCUGUCUGCGAUCAUGCAGAAGGGAGAGCUGGUUCCCCUGGACACAGUUCUGGACAUGUUGAAGGAUGCAAUGAUUUCCAAAGCUGAUGUCUCUAAGGGCUUCCUGAUAGAUGGCUACCCCCGAGAGGUCAAGCAAGGCGAAGAGUUUGAGAAGAAGAUCGGGCCUCCGGACUUGCUGUUGUACAUCGACGCAAAGGCCGAGACCAUGCUGCAGAGGCUCGUAAAACGUGGCGAGACCAGCGGCCGCGCCGACGACAACGAGGGCACCAUCAGGAAACGGCUGGACCUCUACUACAAGGCCACAGAGCCGGUGAUUGCCUUCUAUGAGGACCGUGGUAUUGUCCGAAAGAUCAAUGCCGAAGCCAGUGUGGAUGAAGUGUUCGGCCAUGUAGCUGCUGCCAUCGAGUCCUUGAAAUAGGUUCAAGGUGUUUUGAAAGAGCUGUGUCUUUUCGUCGGCUUUUAGACACUUUCCAUCAUGCCCAAACAAUCCAGUUGUUGAGUCACUUUGUUUAAAAUGAAACGCCCUCGAGAGACAAGCUGCCUUAACUUUCACCUCCCUUGAGUGACCAGCCAGUGUUACACAAAUCUCUGGGCCAAAGUCUUGUCUCCAUAAUUCACGUGUUUACAGUUUUUUCUUUUUUUUUUUUUUUUUUUCUUUAAAGAAAAAACGUCGAAACCAGCAAAAUAAGGCUGCUGUUGUGAAGCCAGGUGGGGUGUGGGGUUACGAGGGCCCCCUCGUGAGUCUCGCACUCCAGCGGUUUUCCUUGGUACUGGAGACUGUGUGCCAGCGAAUGUCUCAACACUGCUGGCAUCUCCUGCUGAACAACAAGCUUCUCUUUCAUGGGAGUCCUUCCUUGUGUUUCUCAGUCCUGAAGGUCCCAUCUUCUGGAAAACUUCACCUCCUCUCUGUGUUUAUAUUUUCACCUCAUUUUACAUGUCUUGUUGAGACAAAAAUCGUAAUCGACUGCGACUGGGGAAACAGAGGGCAUGACUGUAACACUUGCCUGGAAUUGACUGCGUAAUACUCAACAGCAUUUUUAAUCAGUUGCAGACACUGUAAAGAAAGUAAAACCUAGGUGACCGGUUGUAUAAUGUACAUUUUAAAAUGUGUUUCAUACAAAAGAGAAAGUAGUUUAUUUGGCCACCGUCAAGCAGCUGUGAUUGUUUUGUCCACCAAAACACCUUAUUCAUAGGCAAAGGUAAAAAAAAAAAUGUCUAAUUAGUUAACGGAUGUUUUACAGCCUCUUUUGCAAAAGGCUAAUAGUAGUCAUAUUGUGUGUAUUUUGAUAAUUUAUAUUUUUUAUAUGUAUAUAUAUACUCACACAUACCUGUACUGGCUUUUGUGUAGGAUGGGUUCAUCUUUAUUUUUAAAUUCGCGGUAAUGUAUAAAAUGGAGACGAAUGUAGUUACACUUAACUGGGCUCAGAGCAAUUAAUUAUUAUGUUCAGUUACACUAUUUAAUUUUGCUAAGAUCUGUUUUAAUUCCCUUUUGCAAUACAUUUUACAUUUUAGGACAUGAAAGUACAUGUACCUUAGAAUUUGAAUGUUCGCCUGCUGUCUGUCCGAUAAGCAUAAAAGCAUUGUGAAUUUACUGUUUACAGUGUGAAUUUGCCCAUCUUUGAUGUCGUAUUUUAGUUUAGAUUUUCACACUAUACACUUUGUGCUGUAUGUAAACACUACUAUGAGAAUAAAUAAUACCUAAAACAUAAUAAUACAUAUAUACAUACAUAUAUAUUAUAAUAAAGAGAAAUAUUCCUGAACAUCUCUUUUGCAUAUUAAGACCUUGAGUAUAGAUGCAUACUGUUAAGUUCAUGUGUUGCUCCAGAUAGAACUGAACAUCAGUUUGUUAAUAAACUGAAUAACUAAUUAAUUGGCAUUAAUGAAUUAACUAACUUGCUGAAUAUUGAUCCUGUCUGCUAGUUAAAAAGACUGCUAUAAAUUUGUUGUGUGGUGCAAUACACCAUUUGGUUGCUUUCUGUAUUAAUUUAGAUGGAAAUAAUUUUUUUUUUUUUUUUGCAAAUUCCAGAUUUGUACUUAGCCACAAGUUUAUUUUUUGUUUAACUGUUUUAACAUUUGCUCUUGCACUCACACAUGCAACGAAUAAGUGUUUAGAGGUUAGUUACUAAUUUUGCUUUGAACCCCUAUUAAAAAAAAAAAAAAAUUGGAAGAAUAAAGGAAAAAGGUGAAAUGAUAUCCGAGGGUGAGUGUUAGUCCGUUGGUAUUUUACAGAGUUGCCCAUGCCCAUUGUCCCCUAACAAAGCACUUCUCCAGCACAUAGCAGCACAGACUUUACUCUUGUAGUGACUCACCUGGAGAUGAUCACUUUCUUUUAUUCCUAUGAACUCAGUACACAGGUAGUAGUGCGUAACUCCAGCUGCCAUGUAAGGCACCCUGGUCCUCUGGCUCAUGGCGUGUUGAUGAUUUAGUUUACUAGGCUAUUGUCACCAGAGAGUUUGUAAAUAAGCAAACCUGAAAAUAAC